AUGUCAACAACAGCAGAUUUGGAAAAGGAUCCAUUCUACCUCCGAUACUAUACGGGGCAUCAAGGUAUGCAUGGACAUGAAUUCCUAGAAUUCGAAUAUUCUCAUGGUCGAAUCAGAUAUGCCAAUAAUUCGAAUUAUAGGAAUGAUAGUUUGAUCAGGAAAGAGAUGUUCGUAGGUCCGGCGGUGGUUGAGGAAUUGAAGAGGAUCGUAAGGGAAAGUGAAAUCACAAAGGAAGACGACGUAGCGUGGCCUAAGAAGAACGUAGUGGGUAAACAAGAGUUGGAAGUUAGAAUAGAUAAGGAACAUAUCUCGUUUGAGACCGCCAAGAUCGGUUCUCUGGCAGAUGUGAAUGAAUCUUCCGACGCUGAGGGUUUGAGAGUGUUCUAUUACCUCGUCCAAGAUCUCAAGUGCUUCAUCUUCUCCCUUAUCACCCUUCAUUUCAAGAUCAAACCUAUCCAACAAUAA